AUGGCAACCAAUCCUGGAAAUCAUGCCCCUUCAAAUGGGUCUGUCUAUGUAUGCAACUUGCCCUAUGGGACUAACGAUAUUAUGCUGGUUGAAUAUUUUGGUACCAUCGGAUUAAUAAAGAAAGAUAAACGUACAGGGAGACCAAAAAUAUGGUUAUAUCGAGACAAAGAAACUAAUGAACCAAAAGGAGAUGCUACCGUAACAUAUGAGGAUCCGCAUGCCGUUGUUGAAUGGUUUAACAACAAAUUGGUUGUGUCUGAAAACAAGGUCUGUGAUAUGAAAUUGGUGAGCAGCUCUUUCUUGCUCUUCUACUCACUUCAGUCAUUUUAGAUGAUUUAGUAUUGAGAGAAUAACAUUUUUCCUUCUCAUAGCAGUUGCUCCAAUGUGAACUUUGCUUUUCGUGGUGCUUGUAAUCGCUGUGGAACUGCUCGUCCUGCUGGUGCUUCUGGAAUUUCAGGGGCUGGUGGCCGUGGCAAGGGAUGUGCUGCACAAGAAUCAGGGGGUAUUGGCCGGCCAGCUGGUGGAGGACUCUUUGGUCCCAAUGAUUGGCCUUGUCCAAUGUGUGGGAAUAUCAAUUGGGCAAAGCGGACUAAAUGCAAUAUCUGCAAUACAAAUAAGCCUGGGCAUAAUGAGGGUGGUGUAAGCUGUAGUUUCAUUGCUGCUAUCCUCUUUGGUCCCUAA